AUGGGCUCACACGUAAAGAUGUACACAACAGCAACCACGAUACCAGAGCACCACGAGAACAUUAUCCAACCAAACGAACGCCACACAUACACCAUGCCUUACCACCCCGACUCCACAUCCCGCGCCCUCUUCAUGAGACACCACAUCCACACUCCUACCGCCCUGCAAGAAAUUCUCUGCUCCAUCUGUCGCCAGCGUUGCACCGACCACCACCAAGUCGUUCAGAUUACUGCACAUCCAGAAUGCCAGUGUGUGUUUGGCGAGACGUGUCUGCUGCAGUGGUUAGGGUCUGGGAGUGCGGCAUGUGGUACUUGUCCGACUUGUAGGGCUGUGUUGUUUAAUGGCAGGAUUGGGAGUUUAGGAAAGACUGAUAGCGAUGACGAUGGCGAGGAUAGCGAUGACGCAGAUGGAGAUGAGCAUGAGGACAGUGAAGAAGACGAGACAGAGGAAGACAUUGAACGUGGACGACAGCGAUCAAGACAAAAAAAGGGAAGUCGCCCGCGUCGCCGUAGAACGCCUUCAUCCGCAUCCUCUCUAUCACGACCAUCGUCUUCAGCCUUUUCUUCAGACGAGUUCGGCACACCACCCCCUCGCUCUUUCCACCGCCGUCGCCGCUCGCCUUCUCCAUCCCCCUCCCCAUCCUCAUCAAUCACCUCGCAUACCCUCUCAGCCCCAUCAACACCCACCCACACUCUCAACCUCGCCCUCGCCAUCGACACGCUAGUCACCGACCUCUGGGCCGGAACCUGGGAUCUCGUAACAGAAAGCUGGUCGCUAACACCAGACGAUGCGGCACGUUCACGUAGCAUCACUCGCGCGCAACUCGUUAUGCUGGUACGUGAUGUCAAUCCUUUUGAGGAGGACUUGGAAGAUGCUGUGGUAGAGCAUCUCGUUGUGAGAGCGAGGAGGAUGGUGGUUAAGCAUCGGCGAAGUGGAGAGUAUGACGAUGGAGGGGAGUUGAGGGCGGAGAGGGAGGAUAUAAGGUUGGCUGUUGGGUAUGGGGUGUAG